AAUAAAUACAAAUUUUCUUAAUUGAUAAAUAAUCAUUGGCUUGGUAAAUGGAUGAACCAGCUGGUAUUUUCUUGUCCUACCCCUGAAAGGAAGACAACCCUGGCCACGUAAUAAAAAGAUGAGGCAUUUAAAUUGCAACAACAAAGGAAGAUAUUGCAAAGGUGAAGACAGUAGAAGAUGUUUAUGCAUGGCAAUUGCCGAUAAAGAAACUUUGUAGUAUUGCUUAUGACCCAGUUGUUGCUCGUGCCUUUCAUCACUGGCUAAAUGCCAAAUGCAACUCUGUAACCAUCGAAUCAUUGUCUUAUAUUGGCUUAGCAAGAUCCUCGCAAUCACCAGUUACUCUAUCAAACAAGUUCAGAAAGCAAAAUUAGCCGCUAGCCAUAUCUCAACUCCUUAAUGGCUCAAAGUUGCCAUGUUCCCAAAUUCGGAAACUGGGAAAAUGAUAAUAUACCUUACACUGCAUACUUCGAAAAUGCGCGCAAAGAGAAAACGGGAGUGAAGAUAAACCCAAAUGAUCCUGAGGAGAAUCCAGAGGCCUUCAUGUACCGGAAAGACGAAUUCGAUUUGAGUUUUGGUCAAUCCAUACAGAUUACCACAACACAUUUAGAGGAAAAUCCUUCUGGUCGCCAAAAGAGCAUCACAUCAGAAUCUGCCAUUGCCAGCGACGAGAGCAAUUCUGAUUAUUCGAUGUUGCAAGCUGCAGGUUUUCGGCGUCAAAGAUCUGCCCGGAAUAAGAAAAGAGCAAAACAUCACAGAGCAGCAUCAGUUCCCAAAUUUGGAUCUUGGGAUCAAUCAGACCCCAAUUCUGGAGAAGGUUUUACUGCAAUUUUCAACAGAGUGAAAGAGGAAAAACAAAUUGCAUCGUCCACAUUCCCAUCUCUCCCACCGAAACCAACAUACCGUUCCUACACUCACACAGACAAGGAAACUUCCUCCUCUAGACUCAAGUCCUGUUGCUGUCUCUUUUCAUGUGGAAGCCGAUAAACAAAUGCAUUGCAUAUUUUGGCUUCAGAAACGAAAUUCAUUUUGCAGAACCAAUGGUUUCUCUCCCUUGUAUUCUUUAUUUUACUGUUCGUUAGUGACAGACAGAGGAUAUACUUCUUUUUUCCUUUCUUUAUGAUCAUUAAAUGCAAAUCUAGUUUGUUUCUCUCUCACAGUAAUUUUCGGUUCUUCUAGCCAACAUUGGAUAAAUCCUCGAUAAAUGUAUAA